AACUCCAUAGACAGGCCAGCACAGCCAGCCUUGCAGCCUGAGAUAAGGCCUUUGGCGGGUGUCUCCCCUAUCGCUCCCUCAAGCCCUCAAGUAAGUGUUGGAGAGAGGGGUGAUGCUUGGUGCUGGUGGAACCGCUGCACAGAGACGGACACAGGAUGAGCUCUAAGUACCCGCGGUCUGUCCGGUGCUCCCUGCCCCUCUGGGCCCUAACACUGGAAGCAGCUCUCAUUCUCCUCUUCUUUUUCUUUACCUACUACAACGCUUCCUUAGAGGAUCAAAAGGGGCUCGUGGCAUCCUAUCAAGUCUGCCAAGAUCUGACUGUGAUGGCAGCCCUUGGCUUGGGCUUCUUCACCUCGAAUUUGCGGAGACACAGCUGGAGCAGUGUGGCCUUCAACCUCUUCAUGCUGGCCCUUGGUGUGCAGUGGGCAAUCCUGCUGGACGGCUUCCUGAGCCAGUUCCCUCCUGGGAAGGUGGUCAUCAAACUGCUCAGUAUUCGGCUGGCCACCAGGAGCGCUAUGUCGGUGCUGAUCUCAGUGAGUGCUGUCUUGGGGAAGGUCAACUUGGUGCAGUUGGUGGUGAUGGUGCUGGUGGAGCUGACAGUCUUUGGCACCAUGAGGAUGGUCAUCUAUAAUAUCUUCGGAACAGACUACCACAUGAACAUGAUGUACAUCCACGUGUUUGCAGCCUAUUUUGGGCUGACUGUGGCCUGGUGCCUGCCAAAGCCUCUACCCAAGGGAACAGAGGAUAAAUAUCAGACAGCAACGAGCCCCAGUUUGUUUGCCAUGCUGGGCACCCUCUUCUUGUGGAUAUUCUGGCCAACUUUCAACUCUGCUCUGCUGACAAAUCCAAUCGAAAGGAAGAAUGCUGUGUUCAACACCUACUAUGCUCUAGCAGUCAGCGCGGUUACAGCCAUCUCAGUGUCAUCCUUGGCUCACCCCCGAGGGAAGAUCAACAUGACUUAUAUGCACAAUGCAGCAUUGGCAGGAGGCGUGGCUGUGAGUGCCUCAUGUCACCUGAUCCCUUCUCCUUGGAUUGCCAUGGUGCUGGGUCUUGUGGCUGGGCUGAUCUCCAUCGGGGGAGCCAAGUGCCUGCCGGUGUGUUUUAACCGAGUGCUGGGGAUUCACGAGAGCCACAGCGUGCACUACACCUUCGGCUUGCCGGGUUUGCUUGGAGAGAUCGCCAACAUUGUGCUGAUGGUGCUUCAAGUUGUCUGGGCCAGCAGUAACAUGAUCGGCUUCCAGGUCCUCCUCAGCACUGGGGCAUUCAGCUUGGCCAUGGCGAUGAGUAUCACAUCUGGUCUCCUGACAGUUUCCUCAUUUGGCUGUUGGAUUUUAAGAAAAAGCAUCCAAGAAAAACAAGGCCUGUUCAAAAACAAGACAACUUCCUUUCACUGUUGCCUGCAUUUGUACGUGAGAAACGCUCAGGACAGCAAAGUCUCCUUAUGUACAAUGGAACAAGGUCAGAGAGAGAUUUGAUAUUAAAAAAUAAAAGACUAAAAACUUAGUUUAAGAGUCAAUUUAAUAAGUUUAAAAUAAAUGUUUAGUUUCAUUAGGAUGAUGCUAUCAAUAUUUUCUUGGUUACAGACACAUUAUUAAAGUUUUGGGUUAAUUUUAUUGACAAUUCUUAAGAUUCUUUCUCAUGCUUAAUAAAGUAUGCUACCCAGUUAACUCUUGUCUACAUGAGCAAAGCAGAUAGUACAAAACAGGAAAUUACAAAUCACUGAUACUUAGUCCUUGUGGGAAUCAUGCUUUUAUCCCAGCAGUUUUACAAGGUGGCUGGCAUUCCCUGAGCAUAUUCUGAAUUGCACUGUGGGGAAAGAGGUUGUGCUCAGUUGUAGGGUGGGGGGAUGCACUGCCUGAGGAUUAAAAAACUAGUUCUGUGACCGUGAGGAAGUUACUUAAAUUUCCAUGGUCUGGGUUCCCUUCUGUGUGAAAAGAGAAGGUGGACUUCAACCUCUAAGAUCUUCUCCAAUUUUCACAUUUUAUGAACUUUUGUAGAAAAAACAUCAGGAGUUCAUGUGGGAUGACUGCAAGUUAUUUCUUUGAGAAGAGUCUUGAUCGCCAGGCAAUAUUCACAGCAUAGAGACUGUCAGAUGACGAUGCUAGCAUGGAAAAGAGACCCACACAUUUAAAUCACCCAGCAAAUAUUCCGAAGGCUAAUUGUAGCACAUGUUAUGAAAGACAUUUCAAACUGUGGUUCUGAAGAGCGUAUCCCAUCUUGCAGAGGUGGGGAGCCUGUGGGGACAAGAGUUCCGAAGUGGAAGAGACAACGAGAGUUCCCAGCAGCUAAUGUUUGUCAUUCUGGUUGACCGUGCCGGUCUAUUAGGCUAGUGGUUCAGUAUACAGAUGAAAUGAAACAUGGAACCCGGUUUAUUAUCAGAACAACUACAAAGAAAUUGUCCCCUGUGUAAGACCGGAGUGUCAAAUCUCUCUCCUUUUCUCCUCUCUCCUUCAACGGUGGGUGUGGAGUGACUGUGCGUCCCACUAGAACCACGUGUCAUGGCUGAGUCAUAUCCUCCUGCCCUUGGAAUGGGAGGCACAGCGGAAGAGCUUCCCACAGAAGGGACAUGGGGAGCCUGGUGCCUGGACCAUGGUGCUUCUCUCUUCCAACACGUCCACUCACCCCUUGGGAGACCCUCAAAAGCCACUUAAACACUACAUAUUCACAGAAUUUUUGGUAAAAGUAAAUACCAAUUAUAGUGAGGAAGAAUUUUGACCAUGAAAUAUUUUAAAAACUAAAAAAUGUUUAUAUUUCAUUUAACAUUUGACACAGAAGAGACCACAUCUGAAUAAACACAUUAAAUCUUCAGAGCACUUUCAUUGUGGUUUUGGACUUCAGAUAUGACAAAUACUUAUACUGACAAAUCCAUAAUUUCUUUUGUAAUUUCUUUUUAUUUUUACAAAUUAUGCCAUGAUAAAAUUUGACAAAAAUUAUUCAUGUGAAAGUUUGCUUUAACGUUUUAUAAGUUAAUCAAGUGCGUAUCACAAUAGAUUUUUGGUUGUUGUUUAAAUAGGGUGUUCUCAUGAUUUUAGUAUUACACAACUUUAAGCUGAGACUACACUCAGAAAUAAGUUUAGAAAACGGCAUUACAAAAGGUUGGGAGUGAGCAAUAAAAAAACAAACAAACCCAAGCAGGGGUGUUGUGCUGUGGGAAAUCGGAUGUUUUCACUGCCAUAAGUCUUCAGUGCGGCCAAACUUAAAAACCAGCCCUC